GUUGGGUGGAACUGCGUUUAACCAUGUCCUGUGUUUGGCUACCGUUGCUGUUACUGCUUCAAGCAUCGUUCAGAAGCGCUGUGGCAUUGCAGUUCAGCUGUAUGGAUUUUGAAUGCUCUGUCCGCGACUGGAACCCGAUGCAGAAUGGUGCCUUUACCUUAGUACGCGAAUCAAAGCAGUCCAUGUUUCUGACGUUCAUAAAUCUGCAAACCAUGUCACUCAACAUGGCGAUGCUGCAGGAGAAAGGUAUGCUGGAAAACUCUACCCGCAUUAGGAACUCUCCGGUGCAAAGCAUCUAUCUGCCAGCGGCCAUCAAAUUGGGCACGCUCACUAUCGACCAAACGCCACUGCUGAAUGUGACAUUCGAGCAGAAUAACACUUGCCUCGAUACGCUCGUCAUAAGUGACAGCCAGCUAAGGGAGGUACCGGGCACGGUGGCCCAUUUGCUUGCGGUGCUGCGCAUUGACAUUACGGUCGCUCGUAUACGAAGCAUCGACUUUGCGCUGUUUGCUAGGCUGCCGCGCUUGGAGAUUCUUACCCUGAACUUCAAUUUCAUCCACCGCCUGGAGUACAGCGCCAGCGCGGACAGCGAUUUCCCGGAGCUGCGCGAACUCUACAUAUCCAACAAUCGGCUAACAACGGUCAACUUUACACAUUUCCGUACUAUGCACGCACUGGAAUCGCUGUACCUGUCCAGCAAUCAGAUCCGCCACGUGCAGGACAGUCCACUGCUCGGUGCCAGGUUAAGAUUCCUCGAUCUCUCCUGCAAUUCCGUCGUGCACAUGAGCACCUGCAACUGGACGGUCGGUAGUUUGCUAAACUUUGCCAUGUACAACAACUCGCUCGUACGGUUCCCAGCCUGUCUGGAGGAAACCAUGCCGGAAGUAAGGUAUCUUCAGCUGUCCUUUAACUCGUUCUCGCACGGCAGUGACAUCGGUAGGCUGGCCAGCUUAGAAAAGUUGCAAAUUUUAGACGUUGGCUACAAUCGAAUCACGCGCCUCGCGCUGGACACGUUGAUCCCGUCGCUUAAGUAUCUUAACCUGGAACACAAUCCGAUCGUGCAGCUGAGUGUUGGGGUGGCAAACGAUGGGCUUGCGAUCAAUGUUAGAUGUGGAGCGAUCGAGGAGUUUGAUCCGGCAAAUGUAACGCACAGUGUGAUCGCUUUGGAAAUGGGCCACUGCCCACUGGACUGUAGCUGGGACAGGCGGGGUGACAACGAACGCGCGGCAGAUGCCCGAACGAACGUACAGUGUGUGCGAAAUGAUGUUACCGACCGAGAUUGGUGUAAGGUUUAGGACGAGCGGGAGCGCGACAAAUAAAAUGCUAAAAAUUCGAAACUUU